AUGUUAAAUAACUCAUAAACAAAUUAAAUUCUAAUAUCAAAAAUAUUUGUAGCUUAAUGUCAUCAAGAUUAUGAAUAAGCAACAGGACUUUUAGAAUAGUUAACAGGAAAUUUGAUUGAGAAUUUGAAUAUGUUCAAUAAACAUCCGAAAAUCCAUAAGAUUCUAUAGGAUAACUUCGAAAUAUUUCCUGAGAAUUAUUUAGUUUAGCCAUAAUAAAUGGAUGAUGGUAUUGAAUAAUAUCAUAAAUAUUUGGAAUAGAUUUGUAAUUAGACAAGUAAGGAAGGUAAAUGAUUGGAUAAUUAAGUAGAGAAGAAAACAAAGAACAAGAAUCCUUGGAGUGAGGAAGAAAGGAGAUUAUUUAAAUAAGCUUUAAAGGAAGGUUAAUCAAAAGAUUGGAAAGCUAUGGCAGCAAUAAUAAAAACACGAUCUCCUCCAUAAGUUCGUUCUUACUAUUAAAAGUAUAUGAAAAAGAAAAGAUAAAAAUUAAAGACGGAAAUCAAGGGUUAAUGA